AUGGCGAUGGUCCCGGUAAUUCCCGUUCCUAAUCCGCUUCCUGGAGUAGAUUUCGACGCAGAAGCUGAGGAUCGCGAUGAGUUUCAUAUCAACAAGUUGGCGACAGAUUUUACGGAAGCCGAGGAAUCGAUUCGUCAUAACGUGUACCCAGAAAGCGACGAUGAGGAUAAGGAACGUGUUCCUAGUGGUGGUGCGAGUAGGGGGACUCCCAUAGUUCAUGGUGAUGGUACAAUGUACAAAGGGCAAAGCUUCUACAAUGGAAUCGCUUUUAAGGAGUGUGUUCUCGACUACGCACUUGUAUCCGAUAGAGAUAGAAUCAGUUUUAAGUGUGUUGGUGCUAAGGGGAAAUGUAUGUGGAAAGUUUAUGCGGCAUGUUUGCACAAUGAGUCGAUGUGGAGGAUUACAUUGUACACGAACAAGCAUAUUUGUGUACCUAAUGGAGAGUGUGAAAUGUUUAAAGUGCCAGUGAUAGCUAGGUUGUUUCUAGAUAAGAUAAGAGAAGAACCGGAAUAUUACAUGCCUUUGAAGAUGGAGCAGACUAUAAUGGAGAAGUGGAAGAUAUCAGUUACUAGAGGUCAAUGUCAAGCUGCUAGGAGAAAGGCAUUGGCAUGGAUAGAGCUUGAAUAUGACACUCAAUUUGAGCGACUCAGAGACUAUGGAGCGGAGAUAUUGGAAGCAAAUAAAGGUUCUGUUGUAGAGGUAGAGACGGUGAAGAACGAGGCUGGACAGGAUGUGUUUAAGCGGUUCUAUGUAUGCUUUGAUGCUCUUAGGAGAACAUGGAAACAAUCUUGCAGACCACUAAUAGGAGUUGAUGGUUGUUUCUUGAAAGAAAAGAUCAAGGGGCAGUUGCUGGUUGCUUUAGGAAGGGAUGCUGACAAUGCUAUCUACCCAAUGGCUUGGUGUGUUGUUCAAGUUGAGAACACGGAUAAUUGGUCAUGGUUUGUUAAUAGGCUGAAGAUCGACUUGGAGUUAGGUGAUGGGGAUGGUUACAUUAUGGUGUCUGAUCGACAAAAGGAUUUGAUUAAAGCUGUUGAGUUAGAGUUACCAAAGAUUGAGCAUCGAAAAUGUGUUAGGCACAUUUAUGGUAAUCUAAAGAAGAGGCAUCCGGAUAAGAAGCGGCUGAAGAAACUCCUUUGGGAUCUAGCUUGGUGCUACAAUAGUAAAGACUAUGAAGAGGCAUUGGAGAGGAUCCAUGCAUACAAUAGUAAAGUUGUUUACUCACACCGAAGGUAUCGUCGAUUUGGGUUAUGGUCGGAUUUGGAAGUUUAG